AUGACUGCUAUCUUUCAAAACUCAGCAUUGUCUACUGAACUUGAAGAAAUAGAGAUAGAAAUGCAGUCUCCUGAACGUGCAGAAAGACAAAGAGGUGGAGAUCAAUUUGUCAAGCCAAGAGAAAGAGAGAAUAUUUUCUGGUACCUGCUUGUUAUAGCUGUAACUUUUGGGAUAUCUUUGCCGUUUGGCGUUUUGUGGGGAGAUAGACGCUGCAACACCCCAGCAAUAAAAGUCGAAAAUUGUUCUGUCUGGUGUGAUAGUAUAGAGAAAGGAAAUCAUCAAAACAAACCCAUUGGAUUCGCCACCAAAGGCGCCCCCGUGACAAUUUACCCAGAAUUCACAUACAAGACCGGUGUUGACGUAUACUGUGACUGUUCGCCUGACUCGAAUAAUGUAUGGACGGUAUUUCAAAGAAGACGGAAUGGAAAUGUAAAUUUUUAUAGAAACUGGCAAAGCUAUGUUGACGGGUUUGGAAAAUUGGAUGAAGAUUACUGGUUAGGUUUGGAAACAUUAAACCAGUUCACACGAAGAGGUGAAUGUUCGCUCAGAGUUGAUUUAAUGGAUUGGAACUCAACAGCACACUACGCAGAAUACAGUUCAUUCUCCGUUGGUGAUUCGUCAUCGCUCUACUCGUUAUCCGUCCACAACUUCACAGGCAAUGCUGGAGAUGCUUUGAAUUCCAGCUCAGGUGUACAAUUCUGCAGCAUCGGUUCUCCUUCGGUAUGCACCGAAGCGGAAGAACACAAUGGCGCAUGGUGGUUCGGGACCCCGUACACGUCACACCUCAAUGGAAUUUAUCGCUCGGAAGAUGUCAUAGUUCUACCAGGAAUUUACUGGUCCACUUUGUCAAAGGAAUCUCUGAAAGCGGUGGAAAUGAAGUUCCGUUGCGAAUAAAAUAACAAUAGCACUGACGUAUAAACUCAGAUUUAUUGAGGCAUUAGCGAUGCAUAUUUAAGAUGCAUUGCUGUUAACAUUUCUUCGAGUUUUAUCGUAGAUUUAGUAGUAGUAAUUUUGUUUAAUUUUUAAUUUGUCUGAUUUUCAUAACAAGGCUGCGUACAAUGAUUGGUACACUUUUAAGCACCACAAUUAAUAACAAUUCGACUAAUUUCGAGAAAAUUAAAUAUUUUUUUCCAUAUUUAUCCUCUUUACAUUAAAGUUUCUUUCUAAUUACCAUGAAUUGUUAUUUGCUUUUUCCCAUGCCUUGUCGCCACUGCGGCUACUCUCUAAAGUGCUCUUUAGCGCUCCAUUUGCUCGACGGAGAAAAAACUCACUAAUAAAUUAAUUCCUAAUGAUUUACAUACUUAGUGCAUAUCUAAAUUUGAUAUCAUAAAUGAAGCCAUGAAAUCAACUGUUUUACUUGGGAUUUAAUAAAUUAGUAGGGUUUUCUCCGCAAUUACUUGGUUAUUCGCUGCUUGAAGAUGGAAAAAAUUACUUCUAUAUUUUAUUUUUCUCUGAUUACUGAUCUUUUGGUGCUUUUUAAAUUUUACAGUAACAACCUCAUAUGAAAAUCGGUACAC